AUGCAAGACUAUAACUCUAUUGCAUCAGCUCAAACGAAAAAUGAAGCAAAAAGAAAAGCUGCUCAUUUAGCAUUAACAAAAAUUAAAAAAUUAAAUCAAGAACCAAAACCUUGUCCACCUCCAAUACAUAAUAUACAAUUGCCAACUAUACCACCAUCAUACAAUAAUAGUAUGUCUCAAGAAUUACUGAAAUUAAAUAAAAUGUCAUCUAGCUCUGCCAUUGAAAAACGUCCCCCUGGACGUCCAAGGAAAAAUACCUCGCCUGACACCAAUACCAAUGAUGACACUGUUGAGUUGAUCAAAGGUUUAUUUGAUCAACAAACCAACACGCUUGAUGUAAAAUUAAGCUCGAUUGUUGAUACACUAAAAUCAUUUGCUACAUCGGUGAAUAACAAAUUUUCAACCAUUGAUGCUGAACUACGUUCAGUUAACAACAGCAUACAAAAAUUAAAUUCUACCAUAUCCAGUAACUCAACUCAAAUUUCUGAUAAUACCACACAAAUUGCUGAGCAUGAACAACUCAUUACUAAAUUAAAUACUGAAUUAAAUAACAACAAAGAAUUAUUAGAUCGUAUGCCAAAUGUUAUUAUGUUUGGUAUACCUGAAGAUCCUGAUAUACAUAUUGAUGCUAGACAACGUGUUGUUGGUGAUAGAGAACUUCUUGGACCAAAAGAAACUGAAACAACUGACAGGUUGGAUGAGCAAAGUAGUGAUUUCUCAGGAUUUCACACCUGCCCAACUUGCCCAGAGACGUCAGAUAACAGCUCAGCUGACUCAAGAUGGUACAACCAAUGCAAGGGUGAGAUUUGUAAAUGGCUCAUUCAAAAUAAUCAACAACAGGCCACCACCAGGUCACCAUACAAUGCAACAACAACAACACUCUUAACUGGGGCUGUUGACUGUCCUGGUCUUUUGGCUGAUGUUAGAAUACGAAUAUUAUCAACUAAAUUGCGUAAUGUAUCACCGUUUUAUGCAGCAUCUGGAUCAAGUGUGUCAUCAACUAUUCCCCCACUACAAAACAUGAUUAAUCUUACCAAUGGGGUAUGUCGUAAGUCAUCACUGUUUAAUAAAAUCAUGACAUUUGAGUCAAUUUCUCCUAGUUUUGUUCUUGAUUGUGUCAAGGCAUCUAGGCGCUCCUGA